CGCCCACAGUUGUUUCAUUCAGUCUCUCCGAUUCAAACAAAACAAACAAAUAUAUUUUCUUUUGAUUAUAUCAUGAUGAAGAGUACUCAACCUCAAUCAUCUUCAUCUUUCGUGAAGUUCUGUCGGAAACUGUCACCUAAGCGAAAAGAUUCACCAGCAGAAAGUACACAACAUAACAUCAAUGAGGAUCAGGACAAGAACAAAGACUUAGAGGCUGUGUUUGCUUACAUGGACGCAAACAGAGACGGGAGAAUAUCUCCACAUGAGCUUCAGAAGAGUUUCAUGACACUAGGAGAGCAACUAUCCGACGAAGAAGCCGAAGCUGCGGUUAGAUUGUCUGAUACAGACGGAGACGGGAUGUUGGAUUUUCAAGAGUUUGCUCAGUUGAUCAAAGGAGAUGAUGAUCAGGAAGAGAAGAAGACUGAGCUCAAGGAAGCUUUUAGAAUGUAUAUAGCAGAAGGUGAAGAGUGUAUUACUCCGAGAAGUUUGAAGAUGAUGUUAAAGAAGCUAGGUGAGUCGAGAACCACUGAUGAUUGUAGAGUUAUGAUUCGUGCUUUUGAUCUCAAUGCUGAUGGAGUUUUGAGCUUUGAUGAGUUUGCUCUUAUGAUGCGUUAAAGAGUUUAUUAUAAUCACUUGUAGCUUCUCUUUUUCAUUGAUGUAUAUAUACGGCUUGACACGCAAUAAAUAAGAUUUUUAUUUGAUUAAAAUCCA